AUGAAGGAUAAACGCCAGCGUCUGUCGAUUUGGCCAUACCCUCUGUACGCGGACCCGCAGCUGACAAGUGCGCUUUUGGCGGCCUCGAUGACCAUACCCGGUUAUUCGCCAAUCACACCACCAGGUCCAAGCCACUACGGGCCCACUUAUGCUACGGCUGCCUACUACGCAGCGCGAUUCUCACCUUACGGUGCCACCCCCUUGUCGCACCACCACCAUAGACCACACGCCCACCACGGCUACGCGGCUGCCCAUCCACACCUACUUACAGCCCCAGGCCCGCACCACCCGACGGUUGCUUCCCUACCGCCCCUACACCUCUCAGGGCUUGGCACGAUGCAGCCCGCACAGCAACAGCAAGCGUCUUACGUCGGGCCUACAGUCAGCAGCGCCUCGCAAAUCUACACAAACAACGUGCUGCCCUCGUCUCAGAUGAGCCCCCAGUCGGACGCCUCCACUUCCAGUGACUGCGACUACAAUGGAAACAUCACCGUGAGCAGCGCCACCUCCUGCGCCACCACCACAACUUCGCCUAGCAACAACAACAACAAUAUCGACAAGAGGCUCGUGGCACCCGUACCUUGCAAGCCCUCCGUUCCCGCUGCGUUGCACUUUUCUCCGGACAAGAUGCCCAUCAGUCAGGCCGUGGCAGCUUUCUACAGCAACAUUAUGAUGCCCGAGAACAACAACAACAACAACAACAGCAGCAGCAGCAGGUAUUACCACCACAUCCCGGCCAGCUACAGGACUCCGAGCAUCAGUCCGACGAGCGACAUCAAGAUCAAGUCGUCGCCCAAGCUCUUCCAGCCGUACAAAAACGACGACGUUCUCACGGCCGCGGAAUAA